GCUCCUCUCUGGUAGCUCCGAACUCACUCUCCUCUCUCAUCAUGAUCGCCAGACAGCAGGGUGUCAGGGGUGGCUCUCGGGGCUUCAGCUGUGGCUCGGCCAUCGUAGGUGGGGGCAAGAGGGCUGCCUUCAGCUCACUUUCUGUGUCUGGGGGUGCAGGUCGCUGCUCUUCUGGGGGCUUUGGCAGCAGGAGCCUCUACAACCUUGGGGGGAGUAAGAGCAUCUGCAUGAGUGUGGCUGGGUCUCGGCAAGGCGCUGGCUUUGGGGGUGCUGGAGGCUUUGGAGCUGGCAGCUUUGGUGCUGGUUUCGGCGCUGGCGGCUUUGGUAGUGGAUAUGGGGGCUCCUUCAAUGGCCGGGGUGGUCCUGGCUUCCCAGUAUGCCCUGCUGGGGGAAUUCAGGAGGUCACGAUCAACCAGAGCCUGUUGACCCCACUCCAUGUGGAGAUUGAUCCUGAAAUCCAGAAAGUCCGGACUGAGGAGCGGGAGCAGAUCAAGACCCUCAAUAACAAGUUCGCCUCCUUCAUCGACAAGGUGCGGUUCUUAGAGCAACAGAAUAAGGUCCUGGAGACCAAAUGGAACCUCCUCCAGCAGCAGACGACCACCACGUCUGUCAAAAACCUUGAGCCCUUAUUUGAGGUCUACUUGAGUGCCUUGAGGAAGCAGCUGGACAGCCUUUCCAAUGACAAAGGGCGUCUGCAGUCUGAGCUGAAGACCAUGCAGGACAGUGUGGAGGACUUCAAGACCAAGUAUGAAGAUGAGAUCAACAAACGCACAGCUGCUGAGAAUGACUUCGUGGUUCUCAAGAAGGAUGUGGAUGCUGCCUACAUGACCAAGGUGGAGCUGGAGGCCAAGGUGGAUGGCCUUAAUGAUGAGAUCAGCUUCCUGAAGGCCUUCUAUGAUGCGGAGCUGUCCCAGAUGCAGACCCAUGUCAGUGACACAUCCGUGGUCCUCUCUAUGGACAACAACCGCAAUCUGGACCUGGACAGCAUCAUCGCGGAGGUCCGUGCCCAGUAUGAAGAGAUUGCCCAGAGGAGCAAGGCUGAGGCUGAGGCGCUGUACCAGACCAAGGUCCAACAACUCCAGACCUCAGUUGACUUACAUGGUGACAGCCUGAAGAACACCAAGAGUGAGAUUGCAGAGCUCAACAGGAUGAUCCAGAGGCUGAGGGCUGAGAUCGAGAAUGUCAAGAAGCAGUGCCAGACUCUGCAGGCAUCUGUGGCUGAUGCUGAGCAGCGUGGGGAGGUGGCCCUCAAAGAUGCCUAUAACAAGCGCACAGAGCUGGAGGGUGCCCUGCAGAAGGCCAAGGAGGAGCUGGCCAAGAUGUUGCGCGAGUACCAGGAGCUGAUGAACGUGAAGCUGGCCUUGGACAUCGAGAUUGCCACCUACCGCAAGCUGCUGGAGGGCGAGGAGUUCAGAAUGUCUGGAGAAUGCCAGAGUGCCGUGAGCAUCUCCGUGGUCGGCAGUGGGGUCAGUGCUGGAGGAAUCGGUGGAGGAUUAGGAAGCUCCUCUGGAUUUGGCCUAGGUAGUGGCUUCGGCUCUGGCUCUGGAAGUGGCUUCGGGUUUGGCGGCGGCGUCAGUGGAAGUUCCAGCGGCAAGAUCAUCACUACCAAGAGAUCCCAGCGAUAGAGAAGCUAUGUGUCUCUGCAAUCCCUUAAGCCCAGCUGGGCCCAGCCCUGGUGUCUGCGUUUCCUUCUCUUUGCCCACACCCUCCCUCUCUGGGGCUCACCUUACCAGUAUCAUCUCCAUUCUCCUCUGGGAGCUCUCUGCUCCAGGAUGAUCUUCUCUGCCAGGACAUAGACUCUGCCCUCAUGGAGUUUGAUAGCUUCUUCUUGAUUUGGGCCUGGUCACCCCUCAGGGGGAUGGAUGUCAGCUGACUUUUCAUACCUCCCAUGGACAGAGGAGAAAAUUACCAGGAGCUUAGUCUCUGGAAUCGUCAGGAUCACAUAUGUCCCCUCCCAGCCCAACAGCAUUUUCCACCAGAUCCUGGAUAUCCAUCUACAUAGGAACCAAACUCAUUCUCCGUCACCUGGCAGCAGCUGGCCCUGCAAGGUUGAGACAAGAACCACUCAGUGUCCCGUUCAAUUCUUUUCAC